AUGGCAGCGAGCACCGCCCAGCGCAAGGGCGCCCCCAAGAGCGGCGGCGUCGCCAAGCGCAGUGGCGGACCCAAGGCCGGCACCAAGAGCAAGAAGAAGGCCUCCGACACAGAUGCAACCAGCUGCGUCGUGUCUUCCCUGGAGGAGUGGGUGCCCGACGGCUUCCACUCCUACCAGGGCCCCGGGGAAAGGGCAGUGCACGGCGUGUACGCCUCGCUCGCGGCGGCCAACAGGGCGGCGCGCGACGUCUUCUUCAAGAAGAACCCGUUGGGCCUCGACGCAGAGGAGCUGAAGGAGCGCAGGGACAUCUUUGAGGACGAGAGGCGCGGCGGCAUGCUGCACAUUUCGGUGCACCCCGCCGACAGCCCGCGCUGGGAGGUCAGGGUGGAGCGCGUCGCCGGCAGCUGA